UAUUUUUUAUUAUUAUUAAAAUUCUUUUACACUAAAUGCUUUAAUUUGCUGGUAGAGGUGACGUGACAGGCACCUUCUGCCAGUUUUGCGUGUCCACAGCAGCUUCAGACAUUGUUCAGCACUGUCCAAACAGAUCAUCAGCAGUGAUAUGGUAUAACUACUGCAUACUCAGAUACUCCAACCAUGACUUCUUUGGAAACCUUACAAUAACCCCAUCAUGGCAAUUUCCUGGGACCAAGAACACCACCAACAGCACACAAGAACUCCAGGAAGCAGAGACUUACAUGCAGAGCUUGAUAAAGAAUGCUACUGUGGAGACCAACUUGCUGUAUGCAAUGGGUGAGUUCAAUUCUGGUGGUUCAUCAGGGGAAAGGUAUGGGUUGGUGCAGUGUAGCAGGGACCUUACUAGUGAUCAGUGUAGGCAGUGUUUGAAUGCUAUGUUGGAUCAAGUUCCUAAAUGCUGUGCUACCAAAGUUGGAUGGCAAGUUUUGGCUCCAAGUUGUUUGAUCAAGUAUGAUGAUUUUAUGUUCUACAAGAUUACUACCAGUCAAGCACCUUCUCCAUUAUUGAAUUCAGGCAAUAACAAGGGUACAAGUAAGACAAAAACUGUGAUAAUCAUCAUAGUGAGUGUGUUGGUGGCAUUAGUUCUACUAAGUUGUGGCAUCUACUUCUUAUGGAGGAAGAAUCAAUCAAAUCAUGAUGCAUUAUUGUCAGAGACCACUCCUAUAUCAAUACAUUAUAACCCUUAUCAAGGUCAAGGAGACGAUUCAUUGAAUGCUGACCUUCCUACAAUCCCUCUAUUUUGGAUUCGACAGAACACUAAUAACUUUUCAGAUUCUUGCAAAUUAGGAGAAGGUGGAUUUGGUCCUGUUUAUAAGGGAAGCUUACAAGAUGGGACAGAAGUUGCCAUCAAAAGACUCUCAAAAACAUCUGGCCAAGGUUUAGAUGAGUUCAAGAAUGAAGUAAUCUUCAUAGCCAAACUACAACAUAGGAACCUUGUGAGACUGUUGGGUUGUUGUGUUGAGGAAAAUGAAAAGCUGCUUAUAUACGAGUACAUGUCCAAUUCAAGCCUUGCCCUUCAUCUAUUCGACGUGGAAAAACGAAAGCAACUAAGUUGGAAGGUUCGAAUGAAUAUUAUCAAAGGAAUCGCACGAGGACUUCUGUACCUUCACGAAGAUUCUAGACUUAAAAUAAUUCAUAGAGAUAUGAAAGCUAGUAAUGUUCUACUUGAUCAAGAUAUGAAUCCAAAAAUAUCAGAUUUUGGAUUAGCAAGGACAUUUGAAAAAGGCCAGAAUGAAGAAAACACUCGAAGGGUUAUGGGCACCUACGGAUAUAUGGCUCCCGAAUAUGCCAUGGAAGGGUUAUAUUCAGUAAAAUCAGACGUUUUUAGUUUUGGAGUUCUUUUACUAGAAAUCAUUGCUGGCAAAAGAAAUAGUGGAUUCUAUCUUUCAGAUCAUGGUCAAAGUCUUCUUGUAUAUAGUUGGAAACUAUGGUGUGAAGGAGAAUGUUUAGAGUUAGUAGAUCCUAUAUUAGAAAAUACAUACAUAAGAAGUGAAGUUAUAAGGUGUAUUCAUAUUGGUUUGCUGUGUGUACAAGAAGAUGCAAUAGAUCGACCAAUAAUGUCUACGGUGGUUGUUAUGCUAGCAAGCGAGACAAUGACACUUCCUAAUCCUAAUCAUCCUGCAUUUUCAGUUGGAAGAAAGUUCGGUAAAGAAGACGAAUCAACGUCAAAGACUUCUAAAGAUAAUAUCUCUGUCAAUGAAGUAUCAAUGUCAAAUGUUUUUCCUAGAUAAGUAGUAUAUACAACAUUAUAAAAACUGUUUUAGAAUUGCUUGAUGUACAAGUAAUUGCGUCAACAUAGUUGAACCAUUCUUGUUUUAACUGAGUGUUGUAGUUCAAUUAUUAAAGAUAUGCAAUCUGCUCAUCAUGCAAAUAUAUUAUAAUUUCUCUUAGAUUAUAUGUGUUUAUGGAUUAAGCUA